CCUUGCAUUGCGUCCGAGGCCGACCAGCAACGUUCGCUUCGCUGCAGCGGCCACGGCUGUUUCACGCCCGCCACCCUGUGUUAUUUUCCCUCCGACGCCCACUGAGUGUGAUUGCUGAGCGGGACCAUCGCAACAAUGGCAAGCCUCCCACCGAACGCUCACGUCUCGAGCCAUCCCUGCCUGCAGGCCAAGCUCUCGCAGCUCAGGUCGGCAGCCACAGGGUCGAAAGAGGUGCAGGCGCUGGUGCAUGACAUCGCGCUCAUGGUCGGGUAUGAGGCUCUUGCCUCGGGUCUCCAGGCUCAGGAGAGCGGCACGGACAAGUCUCCCCUAGGCUACACCUACACCACGACCACAACAUUCCCGCCUCCGCCCCGCAUCUCGCUCGUCCCCAUCCUGCGCUCCGGCCUGUCCAUGAUCCCGGCCCUGUCCGCGCUCCUGCCCGCGCCAGUCCCCGUCCACCACCUCGGUCUCUACCGCGAGAAGUCGACCCUCCAGCCCGUAGAGUACUACAACAACCUGCCCUACCACAGCCCCACGCCCGCGAACCCCGACGCCAGCGGGCCCGCCGAGCUCGCGAUUAUCGUAGACCCCAUCAUCGCGACCGGCGCGACGGCGUGUGCCGCCAUCGAUACGCUGAAGGACUGGGGCGUGAAGAGGAUCAUUGUGUGUGCGGUGCUAGCCACCGAGGAGGGGCUGAACAGGGCGUGUAGCGAGUGGGUAGAGGGCGUUCAGGUGUGGGCUGGGGGAUGCGAUAAGGAAGUCGAUGGGAAGGGUAUGAUCAAGCCUGGCCUAGGGGACAUCGGGGAUAGGCUAUUCUUGACUAUCGGCAAGUGAGGAGUUUAGAUCUCAAGGUUGCUUUUUGAGGAUGCGUACGAAUGCACGCCAGGACGACAGUCUUCGAUAUAGAACGAACGCCGCACUACGGCCGGCUGUGGACACAGAGGAAGCUAUAGACGGAUUAGGUGGACAUCGGAUCGGCCAGAUACCAAGUCUUGAUAUUACGCAAUCUAGCAUUCACGAUCAAUCCUGCCAAAGUCUUGUCGUAUUUCUUGCGUUCGGGGAUUCUCUGGGUUCGAGGGCUCGCCAUACAGAAAUGAUUGCUUGUAUAGCUAACUAUUAUCCGUGCUUUUAUACGCAACUGCGAAGACUUCUGGAG